CCAGCCGGAGGAGGCGCCGCGCCUACUUCCCAAUAUAACCAACUACCGAGUGCGGGAGUGUUAACUGCGAGAAGGCAGCAGCCAAAGUGCCAUUAAAGCUCGGGGUGGAAGGGAGGCGUUACCUGGGUCCUCUCUUCUGGGAGAAGCCGGGCAAGCUGGAGGAUUCCCACUGAAUGAUUCCACACUCCCGGAUUCUCUUCUGCCACAGGCUGAAGAAGGACCCCAGGAACUGCUCUCUUUGAACUGUGCGGAGGGGCAGGAUGAUGGGAGACGGGAAUUGAGAGUCUCAGAGGAAGGACAGGGGAGUCUGGCAUCUCAUUGAUAACCUGAAAGGAUUGCUACUUAUUGUCCUUCAGAAUCUACUAAGCAACAUUUUAGCAUUACUAUUAUCAAAGGAUAUCUGUACAGAAACCAGUUCCUUUUUGAAGUUCAUAAUUUGGACCCUGUUUCAGAAAGCAGGGCAUUCUUUAAUGAAGACACGUUAGAGCUGCCUCACACACGCGGCCCCAGAAAUCUCAGUGAAGAAGCAUGACUUCUUCCUGGAGACUCAUUCUGUUUCUGGCAGUCACUGCGUGUCUUUCAGAAUAUUCUGGAGCUCUCCCUGGUCUCCCUACUUCAUAUGCUGCUUUGCUAAGAAUUAAAAAGAGUUCAUCCUCAUCCCUCUUUGGUUCAAAGACCAGACCACGAUACAGCAGUCCUUCUUUAGGAACGUUGAGUGUUUCUUCACCAAGCUGGCGAGGGACAGCCCAACAUUAUUAUUCCCCCAUCAAUCUUUAUCAUUCAUCGGAUGCCUUCAAACAAGAUGAGAGUGUGGACUAUGGGCCUGUAUUUGUGCAAGAGCCAGAUGAUAUAAUUUUCCCAACCGAUUCUGAUGAAAAGAAAGUAGCACUGAAUUGUGAAGUUCGUAGCAACCCAGUUCCCAAUUACAGAUGGCUUCGAAAUGGAACAGAGAUUGAUUUGGAAAGUGAUUAUCGCUACAGUUUGAUAGACGGGACCUUCAUUAUCAGCAAUCCAAGUGAAGCAAAAGAUUCUGGCCAUUAUCAGUGUCUAGCAGCCAACACUUACGGAAGUAUCCUCAGUAGAGAAGCCGUGCUUCAGUUUGCCUAUCUGGGAAAUUUUAGUGGCCGGACGAGAAGUGCAGUCUCUGUGAGGGAAGGCCAGGGGGUUGUUCUGAUGUGCUCUCCUCCGCCUCAUUCUCCAGAGAUCAUCUAUAGUUGGGUAUUUAAUGAGUUCCCUUCCUUUGUGGCGGAAGACAGCCGGAGAUUCAUUUCUCAGGAGACGGGCAACCUUUACAUUUCUAAAGUCCAAACAUCAGACGUUGGCAGCUACAUUUGUCUGGUGAAAAACACAGUGACGAAUGCUAGAGUACUUAGUCCUCCAACACCGCUCACUCUACGUAAUGAUGGUGUGAUGGGAGAAUACGAGCCGAAAAUUGAGGUCCAUUUUCCUUUCACAGUUACAGCUGCUAAGGGAACAACCGUUAAGAUGGAGUGCUUUGCACUCGGCAACCCGGUUCCAACAAUCACAUGGAUGAAGGUCAAUGGCUAUAUUCCUAGUAAGGCACGCCUGCGGAAAUCACAAGCAGUGCUGGAGAUACCCAACGUGCAGCUGGACGACUCAGGAGUGUAUGAGUGCAAAGCUGAAAACUCACGUGGGAAAAAUUCCUUUCGUGGACAAUUACAAGUAUACACUUACCCACACUGGGUUGAAAAACUGAAUGAUACUCAGCUAGACAGUGGAAGCCCUCUCCGCUGGGAAUGUAAGGCUACUGGGAAACCCAGACCCACAUACCGCUGGCUGAAGAAUGGAGUGCCCCUCUUAACUCAGAGUAAGAUGGAGAUGGUUAGUGGAGUAUUGAUGAUCCACAACGUGAAUCAGUCAGAUGCUGGAAUGUAUCAGUGUUUGGCUGAAAAUAAAUAUGGAGCCAUUUAUGCAAGUGCUGAGCUGAAAAUUCUAGCUUCAGCUCCCACGUUUGCACUUAAUCAGCUGAAGAAAACAAUAAUUGUUACCAAUGGUCGAGAAGUCGUCAUGGAGUGCAAACCACAAGGCUCCCCAAAACCAACCAUCUCUUGGAAGAAGGGAGACAAAACAAUUAGAGAGAAUAAAAGAAUAGCUAUUCUUCCAGACGGGAAUCUGCGGAUCUUAAAUGCUUCUAAAUCAGAUGAGGGAAAGUACGUUUGCCAAGGGGAAAAUGUGUUUGGUUCUGCUGAAAUCAUAGCUUCAGUAUCUGUAAAAGAACCUACAAGAAUAGAACUUACUCCUAAAAGAACAGAGUUAACAGUAGGAGAAAGCAUUGUUCUUAAUUGCAAAGCAAUUCACGAUGCUAGUUUGGAUGUCACUUUCUACUGGACGCUAAAAGGACAGCCCAUCGACUUUGAGAAAGAAGGUGGACAUUUUGAAAGCAUCAGGGCCCAAGCAUCCUCUGCAGAUUUAAUGAUCAGGAACAUCCUUCUGAUGCAUGCUGGGAGAUAUGGCUGCAGGGUACAGACCACAGCAGACAGUGUGUCAGAUGAGGCAGAACUUCUUGUUAGGGGCCCCCCAGGCCCACCGGGGAUAGUGAUCGUUGAGGAAAUCACAGAAAGCACAGCCACACUCUCCUGGAGUCCAGCAGCUGACAACCACAGCCCCAUCUCCUCCUACAACCUGCAGGCUCGCAGCCCCUUCUCUCUGGGCUGGCAAACAGUGAAAACAGUCCCAGAAAUCAUAACAGGUGACAUGGAGUCAGCCAUGGCUGUGGACUUGAACCCCUGGGUGGAAUAUGAAUUUAGAGUGGUUGCCACCAAUCCCAUUGGGACUGGAGAUCCAAGCACUCCAUCUCGAAUGAUCCGCACAAAUGAAGCAGUUCCAAAGAUAGCACCCACCAAUGUAAGUGGAAGAAGUGGAAGGCGGCACGAGUUAGUCAUUGCCUGGGAGCCAGUAUCUGAAGAGUUUCAGAAUGGGGAAGGCUUCGGCUACAUUGUGGCUUUCAGGCCCAAUGGAACACGUGGUUGGAAAGAGAAAAUGGUGACAUCUUCGGAAGCUUCAAAAUUCAUUUAUCGAGAUGAAAGUGUCCCUCCUCUUACUCCCUUUGAAGUUAAAGUUGGCGUUUAUAACAAUAAAGGGGAUGGACCUUUCAGUCAAAUUGUGGUCAUAUGUUCAGCAGAAGGAGAACCCAGUGCCGCUCCCACAGAUGUUAAGGCUACAAGCAUGUCCAUGUCAGAGAUUCUUGUUGCAUGGAAACAUAGUAAGGAGAGUCUAGGAAGACCACAGGGAUUUGAGGUUAGUUAUCGAAAAGAUGUGGAACAAGAAGAUGCAGCAGAAACAAUCAAAACUAGGGGAAAUGAGUCAUCUGUCAUCCUGACAGGAUUAGAAGGAAAUACAUUAUAUCACUUCACAGUGAGGGCUUAUAAUGGAGCUGGAUAUGGGCCACCUAGCAGUGAAGUGAGUGCAACUACCAAGAAAUCCCCCCCUAGUCAAGCACCUAGCAACCUCAGGUGGGAGCAGCAAGGCUCUCAGCUUUCUCUGGGCUGGGAACCUGUCAGACCGUUAGCCAACGAAUCUGAAGUCAUGGGCUACAAGGUUUUUUAUAGGCAAGAGGGCCACAGCAACAAUCAAAUUAUUGAAACACAGAAACCUCAAGCAGUAGUACCACUCCCUGAUGCUGGUGUCUAUAUUAUUGAAGUUCGAGCAUAUAGUGAAGGAGGGGAUGGAACAGCUAGUUCCCAAAUCAGAGUACCAUCAUAUUCAGGUGGAAAAAUCACUAGUGCUCAGUCAACCCUCCACAUUAUCUCCACGUCUUCAUCAUCAGUAAUGUUGCUCUUGGCUUUGAUGAUUCCCUCAACCUCUUGGUGAAAACUGAAGACUUAAUUUGCUUUUCUUUGCUUUACCUUGAUAAUAGCAGUGAAUAGUGUAGUGUAAGUGGAGAUCCAGGACGCUGAGAUCAGCUUUAAUAACUUGGGACGACACGUGGUGCACUUAUAGGAGGUUGGGGGGGGCGGGGAAUGUUACUCAUUCAGCAGGUUUUUCUUUGGUUUUUGUCAAUGGAGAGGACAGUUCUUGGUCCAAUAAAAAUAUGCAGAUUGUUUGUAAUGAUUAUUUUUAAGCAAGUGUAAUUUUUGUCAAAUGUAUUCUUCACUUUUUUAUAUGUUGGAAUUUGAUUUUAUAACUAAUGACCCUAAGUGUGUGCCAUCUGUUUGUUAAGUGAAUGGUUUCUAGCAGAUCUGUUUCAAACACAAAUGCAAAACUAAGAAUAAAAUGUUCGGUUGAGACUCCAAAUCUACUCUUUCAUUUUCCCUUUGACCAAUAUUUCAAUUGACAAAACGGCAUGAGAUAUGAAAAAUACUUCAGUUGUGUGGUCCAUUAUAGGAUAAGUACAUAAAAGUAUUCUCAAAAAAUAUUGUAUGAUUGCAUAGUGAAAUAGCAAAAUUUGUCAAUGUGCUAUUCUAUAUGCAUCUUAGAGCAGGUUAUUAGGAUAGGGAAUAAGCCAUUUAUAUUAGUGCAAGAUAAAUAGAAAGUGAGUCCAAAUGAAUCUAAAUGAUGUUUUUCCAUCAAGUACUAUGUUAUCUAGUUGCAAAUAUAGUAAAUGUUUAUUUUUAAUAAUAAAAUAUAGUUUAAAGUCACAAAAAUAUGAUUAUUAAAACUGCAGACACUGACUUGCUGCAAAGUGUGCUAACUUGCAAAUGAAAUGGAUACAGACACAGCUUCCCAUUUCCCCACCUACUGCCAAAGUACAGGUUGAAUUAGGUCCCAGAUUUUCUCUUAAUUGCAAAUAAUUUAAAGGACAAUGAAAAUUGUUGUGCAAAUAAUUACAUAUAUAUACAGUUUGCAAGUUAAAAUGAUUCAAAUAUAACAAAUAAGUUUUCAUUUUUUAAAACAGUUCCAUGUGCACAUACCACUUAUAAAGUCUUACCAACUGUUAAAAUAAAAAGAAUCUCUAGGAUAAAUUGGUUUUUAAUUAAACUGUAGAAACAUGGGUUCAGUACAAGGUGAGCCUCGUUUGCUAUUUCAAAUAGUCAACCUGGACCUAAUUGAUCCUAGGUGGUUGUUAGAAAGUGAGAUUACAGGUUUCCACUUGGUGAUAUCUCACAGAAGUUCUACCCAACAUGAGAACUUUCCAGAGCUCACAUCACACCUAAGAAGAUGCCUGUGGGAUAGUAAUCACAAAGUCAUAACCCAAAUAACUGCCUGGAUGUUAACAGGUGAUGUUAAUAUGAGAAUAAAAUGCAACUUCUCUUAUAAAAUCUAAAACUGUUAAUUCAACUUCCAUCUUUAACACCAAGCAAAAUGAAGCAUAUUGAGCUCAAACUGGUGGCUCUAAAGGUUAAUUCUGGUAGAAUCAGAGGAGAGAUUGGAGUUUCUGUUCUGAAUAUGUAAAAAAAUUGGUUUCAGAGCCAUAGCAUAACUAUUUACGCUGGUUACGCCUUUUCUUUUGGAUGAAUUAUGUCCAAGAUGCCCCUAACUAAAUAAGAAGUGAUAACAGAUUGUUACAGUAAACUGAAGAUUGUGAAUCUUGAAGUCAGUGAACAAUGGUGACCAAAUGGCCUUCCUUGAGCACCUCCUCUGUAGUGGGAGAGGCUGGCUUUGCAGAUAAAGGAAUGCUGACUAUUAGGCAGACAAAUUGUGGGUUUCCUCAAGUGUAGUACAGCUUCCAGGAGCAAAAUGUGCAUCAGAAAAAAUGCAGCAAGAAUAUUAAAGAAUGGGCAAUAAUUUUGACUUCAUAUUUGAUUGAUCAAACCAUUUUCUUCAUUUUCCAUGGUGUUUUAUACAUGACUUAGCGGAACUCUUAUAAAACAAAGCCCCCAGAGACGUAAUGUCAGUACAUGGCAAAUUCAAAUUAACCAGUAUUUCCAACUAGCUGAUGGAUGGUACAUAUCUGACAGAGUAUUUAAAUAUAGAAUGUCUGAUGUUGUAUUCUUACAGGAAUCAAAGAUACGGGAUGUUUCUACUCUACACACAGAAUAUGUAUUUUGCAUCAUAAACCUACUUUUAAAAAUAGGUUUGAAAUGUUUAUGUACUUAUAUAUUGCAUACUUGUUACUUUGUAGAAAACAAAACAGCAUUCCUUAUCAAGGUACAUUAGUUGUCCAUUGCAAUACUGAGUGAGCUUUUUCUUGGAUGGGAUCAUAAUCACACAGUCUUAAAUCACUAAAGAGACUGUAUUUUUAUAUAAUGUCAAUUGAACUAUGAAGACAAAAAUGCUCUUCACAAUUAAAAAUUCCAUGAAGGUGAAACUUUUGCAUAUUCAAAUUAAGGUACUGUGGACCCCAUGUGAAAUCGUUAAAUAUAUUGUAUACAGUCUGUAUAUAUGUACUAUAUAUAUAAGGGUAUAUACCAUGUGGAAGGCACAGUUGGAUAAUAAUUCUGUGUACUGUUCUUGUAACAUUAGAUCUUUUUAAUAAAUAAUUCUCUUUUUAUUGACUUUUA